GGAAUAUAUUCCAUCAUCUGCGCAUACGAAUAAAGAAUGAAUUAUAAUGUAACAUAACCCAACUUUAAAUUCGGUUUUGUUUUGUUUUGAUUUUUUGAAUACUUUUCAUUUUUCUCAAACUACUCUGAAUCUGAAUCUUUUUUGUCCUAAUUUUAAGAUGCCGGUAUUGUGUUUUGAAUGGGAAUUCUGGGAAAAAAGUUCGAAGCAAUUAUGAACAUGUUUAUUUUGAAUUCAAACGCUCCUUCAAGAAACAAAAUUUAGUAUCAUUUAAAAAUCGGAAACGGAACCUAAAGCCACAGGGAUCUUGCAAGUUAAAUAAAUCAUGUGUUAGCCAUAUUGUCAACAAAAGAAACCUUGAGUCAGACCAUUGUGAUAUUACAUAUUAUAAAUCAAAUUAUUUACAUGGAUCACAUGAAAUACAACAUUUACAAAUUCCAAAAAGUGAUAAGCAGAUGAUUGCUUGCAAACUAAUUUUAGGGGUUCCAUCUAAAGGGAUACUACAGAAAGUGCCAGCAAACAUAGGUGAAGACCUAAAGAGAAAUGAUCUCCUUACAAGUACUGACAUAAGAAAUAUUGAGCGGGCAUAUAAUAUAGAUCUGAAAGAUGGAUUUUACCACAAAGAUGAUGCGACCAGUGUUAAUAUUUGGGUCAAACAAUGUGCUGAAGCUGAGGAUAAUCCAGUGCUUUUUUACAAACAGCAAGGACAGUCAAUUGAGAACUUUGAACCAAGUGACUUUUGUUUGAUAAUAAUGACUGGUGUUCAGAGAAGUAUUCUAAAAGAGUUUGGGAGUCAAGUUAUCAUAAUAGAUGAAACACAUGGGCUUAAUGCCUAUGACUUUCAACUUACGACUUUGUUGACAUUAGAUGAGUUUAGACAGGGUUAUCCAGUUGCUUUUAUGUUCACAAAUCGUAAAGAUACUUCUGGUUAUCAGUUUUUUUCUCUAAAGUGAAAGACGUUCUUGGUCUGAUUAAAAAUACAGUUUUCAUGUCUGAUAUCACUGAUAUAUACUAUAUGGCUUGGUGCCAAAUAAUGGGACCACCAAAAUAUAGACUAUUUUGCUCCUGGCAUGUUGAUAGAGCAUGGCAGACAAACCUCACAAAAAUAAAUAAUUCUGAGAAAAAAUCUUGGGUAUAUAAAAUACUGAAACGCAUAUCAGACACUGAAAUUUCAAAAAAAAGUUAUCAAAUUCACUCAGACUCUCAUUGAAGAUCAAGAAACAAAAAAAUUUGGUGAUUAUUUGGAAAAAUAUUAUAUACCAAUAUCUGAGCAGUGGGCUUAUUGCUACAGAAGUGGCUGCGGUUUGAACACUAACAUGCACUUGGAGAGCUUCCAUAUAACCAUUAAAUAUCAUUACUUAGCUGGGAAAAAGAUGAAAAGAUUGGAUAAAUCAAUUCAUCAGUUAAUGUCUUACAUACGAGACAAAUCUGUGGACAGAUUAAUAAUAUUGAAAAAGGGAACGAACUUGAAAAACAACACAUUAUCCAGACAGAAUUGCUCUUACAUCGAAGUUCAAUUUAAUGCAAAAGGAUUUAUUCAAUUGGUCUUUGAAAAAUUACAGUAAUGAAUACAUUGUUACUAAACAAUUGGAAAAUAAUAAUGUGUGUUGUUCAAUAAAAUGCCCUUUUUUAAUAUAUGUAUACACCCAUUCAAGUGUAGCUGCAUUGAUUUUUGCAUAAGAACAACUAUAUGCAAGCAUAUCCACUAUGUAGUUAUAAACAGUGAGCAGCAAAAUAAUAAUAAUAUACCACUGGUCACCAGGCGGAUCAUAUAUAAUGAAAAUACUAAAGAAUUACAGGAUUUGAAAUCACAGUUGUUUGUUAAGAAAGAAAGCAUUAAGGAAAAAAUAAAAAGUAAUAUUUUUGAUAUGCUGCAAAUGCUCGAUUGUCAAAAUUUUAGCGAUGAACAACUAGAUCUCUGGUUACAGCAUACUAAAACAUACCUGGCUUUAUGCUCUGUAGACGAUGAAAAUCAAAAUAAAUUUGUGGUAAAGGAGGAAAAUAUGAAACAACCAGCUAAUACAAAUGUCAUAAAACAGAAGUCGUUCCAUUCAACUAAGAAGAAAGGUGACUAAAAGAAGACUACAUAUUCGAAAGCUUCUAAGGAGGACUUUAAAAUAUUAGAAGAAUUUGUUAACUCAGAUCUAGCCAAGUCAAACACUGCAGAAAAUGAUCAUCAAUAUUGUUAAUUUUUACUUUGAUGUAGGUAUAGAAGCAUUUUGUUUAUACCUAUAUUUACAUCGAUAUUUAUAUUAAAAUUUUUCUUUCAAAUAAACUGACUUUGUUUUGGAA